AUGGUAAAGGUGAAGAAGCCCAUCUUGGUAUUCCUUAUGGAAACCAAGCUACGAAGUAACAAAAUGGAGAAGGUUCGGUGGAAACUGGGAUUUAACAAUAUGUUCGUGGUGGACUGUGUGGGCAAAAGUGGGGGCCUGGCGAUGCUGUGGCAAAACGAAGCAGGGGCGGAAAUUCAAAACUUUAGCCGCAGACAUAUAAACGCCACUGUGAAUUAUCCUACGGGUACCCCUCCAUGGAAGCUCACCUGUUUUUACGGACACCCCGAGGCUUGUAAAAGGGCGGAAGCUUGGGAUUUGCUGACCCACAUUUCACGGAUGGAGCCGGAGCCGUGGAUUUGCUUUGGAUAUUUUAAUGAAAUUGUUAGCUUGUCUGAAAAAUGGGGAGGAAGCGGACGACAACGAGGUUUGAUGGAAGCUUUUCAAAAAACUUUGGAGGACUGUUCACUUGCUGAUUUGGGUUAUAGGGGUCCAAAGUAUACUUGGACUAAUUGCAAAGAAGACAAACAAUUUACAAAAGAGCGGCUUGAUCGUGUAAUUGCCAACCGAAGUUGGUGUGACUUAAAUCGGGAAGUGGAUGUCGUUGUGGGGGCAGCACUUAGUUCUAACCACUCACCAAUUUUCAUAAAUCUGUUGGGAGGUGUUUAUGGACAGCAAGGUCAGAAACUAUUCAGGUAUGAAGCACAUUGGGAGUCUGAGACAAAAUGCCAUGAAAUAAUAACUCAAGCUUGGGAGGAUUGGGGCACUCAAAUUGACCCGUGGCAGAAUCUUGGUAGGCGUAUUGAGAGGUGUAAAAAGGGACUUCAAAAGUGGAACAAUGCAGAAGUGGGCCAGCCAAAAAAAUUGAUGGAAAAUAAAAUGAAGCUUUUCCGUGAGAUGCAAGAUGAAUGGCGAUGGAAGCAAUGGGCAAAAAUCGAGUGGUUAAAACAUGGUGAUAAAAACUCAAAGUUUUUUCACGCAUGUGCUAAUCAGAGGCGAGCUAGAAAUAAAAUCCGUGCUAUUCAGGAUGAACAUGGGCGAAUUGCAGAGACACAAGAGGAGAUUGGGGGCAUUUUUGUGGACUAUUUUAUGGGGCAGUUCACGGCAGGGGAGUUGGGGAAUAUGGAAGAAUGUGUGGGUGCCAAAGCUAGCCGGGUCACAGAGGAGAUGAAUGGAAGAUUGCUGCAACCUUUUUCUGCGAAUGAGAUGAGGAUUGCUCUCUUUCAGAUGGCUCCGCUUAAAGCACCAGGACCGGAUGGACUCACGGUAGGUUUCUUUCAAAAACCUUGGAACACUGUGGGACCUGAGGUUAGUAAAGCCAUUCUUCAUACACUGGAAUGUGGAUUGAUCCCCAAUGAUUUGAAUGAUACCUUUAUAGCUUUAAUCCCCAAAUCCAAAAACCCCAAGAGUGCCUUCAUACCUGGGCGUCUGAUUACAGAUAAUGUAUUAGCCGCUUAUGAGACACUACAUACAAUGAAAACCAGAAUGCGAGGUAAGAAAGGGUAUAUGGCAGUAAAGAUUGAUAUGAGCAAAGCAUAUGAUAGGGUGGAGUGGCAUUUUCUGCAAGAGAGCAGAUUGUGCCAUUGGACCCGCUUGACGAAUAUACUCAAGACUUAUGAGGUAGCAUCGGGGCAAAGGCUGAAUGCUUCAAAAACGGCAAUCCUCUUCAGCCAAAAUACCCGCUCGGAGGUGAAGCAACAUAUAAUUGAGGUGUCAGGUGUUCCUAGCUCCCAAAGAUAUGACAAGUAUCUAGGUCUCCCGGUGUUGGUAGGGAAAUCUAGAACAAAAGAAUUCAGGAGUAUCAUAGAUCAUGUAUGGAAAAGACUUCAAGACUGGAAGGUAAAAUUGCUCUCGCAGGCGGGGAAAGAAGUUUUAUUAAAGGCCGUGAUACAAGCCAUCCCGACAUAUUGUAUGAGUCUCUUCAUGCUCCCCAAAGGGCUACGCUCCGAAAUUAAUUCAAUAAUGCAAAGAUUUUGGUGGGGAAAUCAGUCUUCCGGAUCUGGGAUUCAUUGGUUGAAUUGGAGUAAAAUGGGAGAAGCUAAAAACUGUGGCGGAAUGGGAUUCCGGGAUUUUAAGUGCUUUAAUAAAGCACUCUUGGCGAAACAAUAUUGGAGGUUGUGGAAUUUGCCGAAUAGUUUAGUCUCUCAAAUUAUGGCGGCCAAAUAUUACCCUCAUGGUUCAGCACUAGAGGCCCAAUUGGGGAAUAAGCCGUCGUUUGCAUGGAGAAGUAUAUGGGGGUUGGGUGAUCUGCUGAAAGAUGGGUUGGUGUGGAGGAUCGGCAACGAUGCAACAGUGCAAGAGCUAAUUGACCAGGAUACACGUUGGUGGAAUGUGGGGCGUCUUGAGCAACUGUUCAGUCCAGAGGAGAUACAAGCCAUUAUGACAAUUCCAAUAAGCUGUACAAACAAAGCUGAUGUCUUGAUUUGGAGGGGAACGAAGACGGGCUCUUUCUCUGUUAGAAGUGCAUACUUUAUUGCAAAGUCUAUGGAGGUGAGAGCACGAGCAAGCAGCUCUAUAGGGGCACAAAACAAUGAGGCAGCGUUAAAUGCAUUCAGAGAAGCCAAUUUGCAAACAGAUCAUGGAAGGGAAGAGGUUAGCAGGUUACAUGUAGCCAAAUGGGUAGGACCCAACCCAGGGUGGAUAAAGAUCAAUUGGGACGCUGCAGUGUGCAUCAAACAGGGCAUUUUCGGCAUGGGGGCAGUAGCUCGCGAUGGGGAGGGCACUGUGUUGGCGGCACACUGUCUGGUGGGGCGGGGUUCCUUGGAUCCCUAUGCUGCAGAGACUUGGGCGGGUGUACAGGCUGCAUGA